AUGAACAGCACUACAACCACUACGAACGUUUUGGCGUCCAAGGAUGUGAGCGUGGACUUUGUGUCGGCUCAACUGAACAUGGUCAAAUUCAAUGGGAGUGUCACUCGCUUGGAGGUAGAAGGCCUGGUCCACAGCGGAAAAGCUCACCAUGGUAACGUUUUGCCCCUGAUCCACGACAUCUUGCUAAGCAACGACACUACCAGUAGAAAACUCCACCGGACCAGGCGAGAGUGGGAAUCGGUAGAGUUUGUGGAUCAUUUGGAGCUGCAGGAAUUGGAGCAGUGGCAGCAAGCCAAAAACCAAAUGAUGAGACACUACGAGAGCACGGCAAGUUUCUGUCCCUUUGAGUGGUGCCACGGCAAGUUGACCUGGAAAGCCACCGUGCAAAUCCCGGCCGAUAGUGAGGCAAGUCUUGUGCAUCAGGCUCUCAAACACAUUCAAAAUGAUGCUGAUAUCUUUAGCAUCCAAAUUGCCAGUGCUCCUAUUCAGACGGAUCAUUCGCCCGUGCUCAUGGAACUUCGCUCCGGUUGGGCGUCCAGAGACGCUCAGAGUACCCAAGUGCUAAGAGAGGCAUUGAAUAUCUUUCAGGACAACCAACUUCAUGGCAAUAGUAUUCAUGGAAGCACUCAUAGCCGCAAGGUGGGACAGAAGCAACGAUUGUCGCAACGAUCGGAGCAAGAUAUGGAGAAUUCCUUCUCAUCAACCUUUAGCGCCAACAGCAAGAGCAGCAGACGAGGAAUUCGCCGACAACGCAAACGAAACAAACGAGUUCAUGGAGCACCUGAUUACAAUUGGAAAGCAGGCGCCUUCUGCGGUGGCACCAAUGCAGCAGCACCACCAACGCAACGAGCUAGCGAAUAG